AUGGAAAUACAUGCCAAACAACUUAACUUAGAUACAGGCGAAGCCUGUGGUAUUGUAGAAGUUGAGGAGAACAAUAAUUUCAGUUGGAAUCCUGAUACUGAAAUUAAUGAGAGAAAAGAAAGUGUUAGUAAAGGAAAUACAGACAUAAACCUUAUCUCACCUGAAGAGAUGGAAACCAAGGCUAAGACUACAGAAAAAGAAGAUCUUGAAUUAUUAAAUGAGCCUAUAAAAGUAGAUUCUGGAGGUGUAUUAGCAAAGACAAAAUCACAAGAACCUAGAAAACCU